CCCACCGAACUCGUUUGAAGGAAAUCUCCGCGGAAGUGAGUCAAGAAACAAAGAGAAAGAGAGAGGCACAGAGUUUAUCGAACAACAUUCACCGUGUACACGAUGAUGCCUACGCCGCCGCCACCGACUCAGUGGACUCGGUUUGAGGACAAGCUGUUUGAGCAAGCUCUGGUCAUGUAUCCUGAAGAGUUGCCUGAUCGGUGGCAAAAGAUCGCCGCUCAUGUCCCUGGGAAGACUUGUCAGGAAGUGAUGGAGCACUAUGAGGAUUUGGUACAUGACGUAUUGCAGAUUGAUUCGGGGAAUGUCGAUUUACCGAGUUACGCUGAUGACUCGGACGAGUUGGAGAAUUGGCAGCCCGAGCAUCAGAUAUCGUUUGGAUUACCAAAACCGAAAGAAGGGGAAAGGAAGAAAGGCACGCCUUGGACGGAGGAGGAACACAAGUUGUUUCUAAUUGGGCUUAAAAAAUUUGGCAAGGGAGAUUGGAGAAGCAUUUCAAGGAAUGUGGUUGUGACAAGGACACCAACUCAAGUAGCUAGCCAUGCCCAAAAGUAUUUCCUCCGCCAGAGUUCGGUCAAGAAAGAGAGGAAAAGAACGAGCAUUCACGAUAUCACCACAGUCGAGAACUCGGCUUCUCAGCCUGCCGAUCAAAAUUGGGUUCCUCCAUCUGCUGAACAAAACUGGGUCCCUACAUCAAAUGAUGGACUUCAGCUGGCUCAGUUUCAGCAGUUCCAACAUUUGUCUCCACAGCUGCAACAGCCAAAUCAAGGAGUUCCGUCGGACUAUCAGAAUCAAGGAGUUCCGUCGGACUAUCAGGAGUUCAGCUUUCACCCCAUGUAAAUAGUUCGCAUACUUUGUGUAUAGAGGUAGUAGGCUGCAGUUGAAAUCCCAUUUGUAUAGCAAUGUUCUUAUAGUUCUUUUAGCUGACAUAAUUAGGUGGUUUGUGAAGCAAAAUUUAAAGUACUAGGGUGUUUUUAAUUUUUUCUGUUCUUUGAAAGAAAUAGGUGAAAUUGAAAUUAGGGUAGUGGAAUCUUGUAUACUAUCUUAGCAUUCACACAUUAUAAUAUUCUUUUUUGUGGUAUCAUGAUAAUUUUUGGUAUGGGAAAUACAAUCAAUCUCCUUUUGACA